AUGGAACUCUCAAUUGCGCAGCGUUCAGUCAACAACACGUUUUGGUCUCAAUCGCGCCUCUUCAACUCACCGGUUCAUCUCUCGCCGCGCGUUUUCCUCUCUGUACACCUCCAGCAGCGCAAGGUACAUUUGUUCUCCCAGUACCUCACAGCCCCUCGAAUGAAGUCCACGGUACCUCAUGCGGUCGGUAACAAUGGUUCUCCGUCGAUAGCCAUAGCUCACGGCGGAAGAAUCGGAGAGGUGAAGAGGGUUACCAAAGAGACGAAUGUCAAUGUGAAGAUCAAUCUGGAUGGCAGCGCCAUAGCUGAAAAUAAUACGGGCAUUCCGUUUCUCGAUCACAUGUUGGAUCAACUUGCUUCGCAUGGUUUAUUUGACGUACAUGUAAAAGCCACUGGGGAUAUUCAUAUUGAUGAUCACCAUACUAAUGAAGAUGUCGCACUGGCAAUUGGAACUUCUUUGCUGCAAGCACUUGGUGAUAGGAAAGGAAUCAACAGGUUUGGAGACUUCUCGGCUCCUCUUGGUGAAGCACUUGUACAUGUUGCACUGGAUUUAUCCGGAAGGCCUCAUUUGAGUUAUGAUUUGCAUAUACCAACAGAGAGAGUUGGAACAUACGACACACAGUUGGUGGAGCACUUCUUUCAGUCUUUAGUCAAUACCUCUGGGAUGGCACUACACAUUCGGCAGGAAAAUGUAUGCAUUUUUGUUGACCCAUUGAUCCAUCAAAACUUAUGCAAGAAAUUCUUCGAUAACGCCCAUUUAUCUAAAAAUCUACGAAUUAGCAAAAUUACCUUCACUGUUGUUAAUAGCGUGUGUUUAUCUAAUCUAUAUUUUCUGAAUGGCUGGACUCUGAUAAUCGAGAAUAGCUUGCUGGGAGGAAUUCUCACCACAUCAUUGAGGCAACGUUCAAGGCCUUUGCAAGGGCCCUUCGGCAAGCAACGGAGUACGAUCCUCGCCGUGGAGGAAGUGUGCCAAGCUCUAAAGGUGUCCUCUCUUGAUCGUGAUGCUUCAUCAAUUCUUCCAUAUUGGAUGCCAGCUCGUCCAACUAAACCUUUGAUUUUCAAAAAGGAAAAGGCGUCAAAGACUACUGCCGGUAAAUUAUCGAAUGGCCCUUGUCCUCACAUCGAUCUCCAAGCCAGUAGGAGUAAACCACCCCGCUGGCCAAGGCCUCGCCUUGGUCUUACCAACGAGGAUCACCAGCCGAGGGACCUAAGCCCUGGUCUUACGGCUCUCAAAAGGAGACUAACCUACGGGUACGUUCUAUAG